AUGCAGCGUCUUCUCCUGUUCGUCGUGUCCUUCGUGACCGUUCUCGCCGCGGUUCGCGCGGAUGCGACUCGCUGCAACUUCACGGCCGUCAUCGACGUGGCCAACGCCUACUACCGUGGCUGCGUCGACCUGUACAACGUCCUGGAGCAGUCCAUGCCCGUCAACUUCACCAGCACCUUGUGCGACGACGCGGACUGCAUGGCGGCCAUGGACGAGCUGCGGUCGAUGGACCUGGGUGACUGCAUCAUCUUCGGCUCCACGACGCUCACGUCCGACAUCCUCGACCAGUGUCCGGUCACUGCCAAGUCCACGGCGUGGGUCGGCUGGAUCAUCCUCGCCCUGUGCCUCGCUCUCUUCAUCCCGAUCGUCGUCUACCGCUUCCAGUACCACCGCCAGCAGAAGGCCCAAGCCCAAUUGGACCUGGCCAACGGCAAACUCCGAGUCAACGACGCUCCGUACAAAGCCAUCGACUUGGCCGGCACCCGAGUCUAA